ACCGGGAGGGCCGCGAUGGAGGUCCCGCCCCGGCUCUCCCAUGCGCCGCCGCCAUUGUUCCCCUCCGCGCCCGCUACUUUAGCCUCCCGCAGCCUCUCCCAUUGGCGGCCGCGGGCCCCGCGGCAGCUCGCCCCGCUGCUCCCGUCGCUCGCUGCCAGCUCCGCCCGGCAGGGGGCGCGCCGGAGCCAGCGCCACGUCACCGCGCAGCAGCCCUCCCGAUUGGCGGGCGGGGCGGCUAUAAAGGGAGGGCGCAGGCGGCGCCCGGAUCUCUUCCGCCGCCAUUUUAAAUCCAGCUCCAUACAACGCUCCGCCGCCGCGGCCGCCGCGACCCGCACCGCGCGCCAGCACCCCCCUGCCGACCGCUCCGCCGCCAUGGAGGAUAUGAACGAGUACAGCAACAUAGAGGAGUUCGCGGAGGGAUCCAAGAUCAACGCGAGCAAGAAUCAGCAGGAUGACGGUAAAAUGUUUAUUGGAGGCUUGAGCUGGGAUACGAGCAAGAAAGAUCUGACUGAAUAUUUGUCUCGAUUUGGAGAAGUUGUAGACUGUACCAUUAAAACAGAUCCGGUCACGGGAAGAUCAAGAGGAUUUGGAUUUGUGCUUUUCAAAGAUGCUGCUAGUGUUGAUAAGGUUUUGGAACUGAAAGAACACAAACUGGAUGGCAAAUUGAUAGACCCGAAAAGGGCCAAAGCUUUAAAAGGGAAAGAACCCCCUAAAAAGGUUUUUGUGGGUGGAUUGAGUCCAGAUACUUCUGAAGAGCAAAUUAAAGAAUAUUUUGGAGCCUUUGGAGAGAUUGAAAACAUUGAACUUCCCAUGGAUACAAAAACAAAUGAAAGAAGAGGGUUUUGCUUUAUCACAUACACAGAUGAAGAGCCAGUAAAGAAAUUGUUGGAAAGCAGAUACCAUCAAAUUGGUUCUGGGAAGUGUGAAAUCAAAGUUGCACAACCUAAAGAAGUAUAUAGGCAGCAACAGCAACAACAAAAAGGAGGAAGGGGUGCUGCAGCUGGUGGCCGAGGUGGUACUAGGGGUCGUGGCCGAGGUCAGGGCCAAAACUGGAACCAAGGAUUUAAUAACUAUUAUGAUCAAGGAUAUGGAAAUUACAAUAGUGCCUAUGGUGGUGAUCAGAACUAUAGUGGCUAUGGCGGAUAUGAUUAUACUGGGUAUAACUAUGGGAACUAUGGAUAUGGACAGGGAUAUGCAGACUACAGUGGUCAACAGAGCACUUAUGGCAAGGCAUCUCGAGGGGGUGGCAAUCACCAAAAUAAUUACCAGCCAUACUAAAGGAGGACUCUGGAGAAAACAGGUGUGUAUAAGAGUGCAAGAAACCAGUGAAAAAUGUCUAAAUUUAAUUUAAAGAUCAAUAGACAAAUGGAAAAUAAGUAAAAACAUUAUGUAGCUGUUUUUACUAAAUUGUUAAUUUUUAAUUACUUUAUGAGCCUGUUUUGCCUAAAGUGUCUAUAGAUCUUUAACUUUAAAGUCUUACCUCACCUUCUUUAGUAUUACAGAAAAACUUAAGAGUUUUUCUGUUUGCUUUGUGUACCAGGUGGUCUAGAGGAAUAAUUAAACUUUUUAGAACUAUUAACAGGUAAAGUACUGAAAUGGGUACAACUUAAGGAAAACAAGAAUGUUGUCUUCUAACUCUGACAUUAUACCUUGUUUGUACCCGCCAGCGGGAACUUCAUUGCAGGCCGUGUGUCACCCUGACCACGUCUAUCUCUGGGGGUCGCACGUUGCGGGCAGAGCGCAAGGCAUACACCAGAAAACGCUGUCCUGUGGUAUGGUCUCUUCCAACUUCAUGUACCAGCGUAAAGAUUAAAGUGGAAAACUUCAGACUUUGGCUUCUUUUUUAAUCUUUUUGGAGAUUAAGUGUCUAAACUUAACUUAAAUGGUUUUUUACAGGAGUUAAAGUACAUAAAUGCCUUUUUACAGCUUAAUCAUUUUGGUCUUCUGUUUAGUGUUGUAUUUCAAUUGUGGAGCCUCAUUUUAAGUGUUCAUUCUUUAAGAUUUAAUGCUUGCUUUUUCUUUUUAUAGCUAAUAGUGAAAUCUACAAACCAAAACAAGAACUUUUAAAUCUGGGAUAUAAAUUAAAGAUCAUAUGCACAAAACCGAUUCAUUUUCUUGCAAUACAAUGCCCCAUCCAAAAUUCUUGUUUGUGACAGCAUUUUGUUUGGCUUACUAGAGAUAUUUCUAGUGGGCCUUAAUCUGUUCAACCCACAAAGAUAUGGGAGGCUUGCAUUCCCAGGUUGUCUACUGAAUAGAUGCGAAUUUAGUAUCAUUUGGGUACUCCAGGGUGAGUUAAUUACCCAAACUGUAUUUUGACAAUAAAUAUGCAUGUGAUCUUUAAUUAUUGAAGAAUAAAGUGAGGACUUAAAGCAAUUCAUGAAAGUGGACCUUUGAAAGCCUGUCAGACUUGCACAAAUGUAAUUGUUAUUUUGUUUUUGUUUUUAGGAGAUGCUAAAGAAGCCCAUCUUGCAGGAGGACACUGAAGAUUGGUCUUCUGUUGAUCUAAGAUGAUUAUUUUGUAAAAGACUUUCUAGUGUACAAGGCACAAAUGUGUCCAACUGUAUAUAGCCGCCAACUAGUUUUGUUUUUACUUUGUCCUUUGCUAUCUGUGUUACGACUCAAUGUGGAUUUGUGUUUAUACAAAUUUUAUUUGUAUGAUUUCAUGUUAAACCUCAAAUAAAUGCUUCCUUAUGUGA